AUGCCAGUUGCUCAACAGAUUUCUAACACAGAAGCUCCUCCUUGCCAUAAUCAUUCUAGUACCUUGGUACCGCAGCAUAUUGUGCAAUCACACCCAUCUUCCAGAGUCGCUCUCAGAGAGUUGGAUAAUUCUCCGAAUGGAUUCGAUGAUUAUUCGUCAGCGUUAGACCUGCAAAUCGUAGAGGAGGAAGAGGAGAUGGAAGCAGCGGCCAGCUCUGAUAGCGACAUCCGGGAGGUCUCCCACAUGGACUGGCAAUUUGCCAAUCAGGAAACUUUGGGACGUCAAACUCGCGUUCAAGUGGCUCCUCAACAGUAUGGGCAAGUAGCCAACAGAGAAGGCCCAAGGCCCCAAGUUGAUCAAAGACCUCAAACCAUUGUGGUUUCGGCUCCACAGCCCUCAACUUCUGCGUCUUCAACGAACUCACAAAAUAUCUCUAAGCCAUGUGUUAAGAAGAGGAAGGAUAAAGUGUUGCUACCGAAAUCGCAGCAUCCCGUUCGCCAAAAGCCGGCGCCAGUUCAAGUUCAAAUUCAAACGCGAGCUCAAGCUAAAGCCCAAGCCCAAACUCAAACUCGGGCUCAAACUCGGGCCCAGGCUCGAGCUCAAGCAGUCAAGAAGCCAGCAAAGCAAGCUCGGGCGGGUCCCGUAUCUGGCGGCGUUAACAAACGAAAAUCCAGUCGAGUCGGCGGAACUCUGCCGCCAAAGACAGCAGCGCCUAAGAAGACGGUGCCCAAAAAGGCGGUAUCUCAAGCUGUGGUGCCUCAAGCUGAGCCGUCUCAAACUCCCACACCCGAACCCGCGCCGUCUCAAGCUGAGCCGUCUCGAAUUUCCAUAUCUCAACUUGUGCUGCCUCAAUCAGAACCUUCUCGAAUCUCCAUAUCUCAACUCGUUCUGCCUCAAACUGAGCCCUCUAAAAGAAUACCCAUUUCUCAACUUUUGUUGUCUGAAACUGAGCCUUCUAAAAGAAUAUCCAUAUCUCAACUUUUGCUGCCUCAAGUUGAGUCAUCUAGAAUAUCCAUAUCUCAACUUGUGGAGCCUACAGAGAUGCCAGAAAAUGUGGUGCUUCGAACUGAGCCACGUCGAAUCGCCAUAUCCCAACUUAUGUCGCCUCAAACUGUGACAACUCAAGCUAUCGUGCCUCAAGCCGCAUCUCGAACUGCGCUGACAUCAGCCAGGGAAGAUGAGCGGCGACCUGUUUGUGCUUCGUGUUCGGGAAUGAUGCUAACUCAAGACGAAGUAGAACGUUGGCAAGAGGAAAGGAGAAAUCGGUAUUGCAUCCCUUCGUUCAAAGACUCUUUUGGGGAUGUGACUAUGAGCGAUUGUCCACAAGAGGAAAGGGGAAAUCGUCCUUACAUCCCUUCUUUCAAAGACUCUUUUGGUGAUGUGAAUAUGAGCGAUGGUCCACAAGAGGAAAGAGUAAAUCGUUCUUACAUCCCUUCAUUCAAAGACUCAUUUGGGGAUGCGACUAUGGACGAUUGUCCAGCAAGCUCUGAGAAUGAACCAACAAGGGGGAUAUUCAGCAUCGAUGCUUAUCGUACAAGGCCUGUAACUCCUAGCCACGUGAUUGGCUGGGGAUGGUGA